AAGUUAUAGAAAUACAGUUCUCCCCACAACCAUGUCUUGUUCUCUUUCUCGGUGCACUCUCUUAAUCCUUUUCUCCCUUGUCUACCAUCCUGCUAUCCCCUUUGUUAGUUCUCUUUCCUUCAAUAUAAGUAGCUUUGACGCGAAUGGAGGCGACAUACUCCUUGAAGGAGCUGCGAGAAUUUUGUAUGGAUCCGUUGAACUAACCGAGAGCCCUUUCCCACAACCAUACUAUCUAGUAGGCCGCAUUCAGUAUUCCAAACCCAUGGAUCUAUGGGAUUCUAUUACAGGGAGACAAGCAGACUUCUCUACUCGCUUCUCAUUCACCAUCACCACUGUUGAGCCCAGUGGAUAUAAUGAUAGCAUGGCCUUUUUUCUUGCUCCUGUUGGCUUCACAAUCCCCCCUAACUCAGGUGGUCCAUAUUUAGGAUUGUUCAAUGCAAGCAUAGUUGAUGAUGGGCCUCGGAACCAAAUUGUCAUGGUCGAGUUUGAUACUUAUUCAAACUUGGAAUUUGAUCCUCUAGGGCAGCACAUUGGAAUCAACAAUAACUCACUCUCGUCGCUUGAAUACACCAGUUGGAACGCUAAAUCACACAACGGGAGUGCAACUAAUGUUAUGGUGACCUAUAAUUCCACUAGCAAGAAUCUUAGUGUAUUCUGGUCAUUUGAUGACAAGCUGGUUUCUCCAGAUAACAAAAGUUCCUCACUUUCUUGCCAAAUUGAUCUUGCUAAAGUUCUUCCUAAAUCAGUAGCAAUUGGAUUUUCAGCUUCGUAUGGCAUGGAUGUGGACAGACACAUCCUCCAUUCAUGGGAGUUCACUUCAAACUUGGAUGUUGUACAUCCCACAUCAACAGAUACAACAAAAAAAGGGGUAAAAUGUAAGAUAUAUAGGUUGAUAACAUUUAUCACAGUUCCCGUAGCAUGUCUCUUGCUGGUUAUUUCAAUAGGUUCUUGCUUAUUUAUGAUCAAGAUGAAGGAAAAAUGUGAGUUUCGGGCUCUGACUCACAUUGACAAAGAGAUAGGAGCAUUGCCACUGAAAUUCUCUUAUCAAGAGUUGUUCGUUUCUACAAAUGGCUUUGCAAAUGAUCGAAGACUAGGCCAAGGAGGGUCUAGCCAAGUUUACAAAGGAUUUUUGAAUCGUUUAGAUCGCCUAGUCGCUGUCAAAAGAAUCUUUGCAGAAUCCAAACAUUUAGAAAAGGUUUUCAUCAACGAAGUGAAGAUAAUAAGCCGCACGAUACACAGAAAUCUGGUGCAAUUCAUUGGAUGGUGCCAAGAGGAAGGUGAGUUUUUGCUUGUUUAUGAAUAUAUGCCUAAUGGUAGUCUUGAUAAUCAUCUCUUUGGAACUCGAAAAAGUCUGCCAUGGGAUGUGAGGUACAAGAUAGCUUUAGGGCUGGCAGUAGCCCUUAACUAUCUCCAUGAAGAUCUAGAGCAGUGUGUUCUCCACAGAGAUAUAAAAGCCGCCAACAUAUUACUCGACACGAACUUCAACACUAAGCUCGGAGACUUCGGAGUGGCUAAGCUCGUUGACCCCCGUUUCAGGACACAAAUGAUGGACGUGAUAGGGAAAUAUGGUUACUUGGCACCUGAAUAUUUGAGUGAAGGUAAGGUUACUAAAGAAUCCGACAUGUUCAGCUAUGGGGUCGUGGCUCUAGAAAUCGCAUGCGGUAGGAGGACCUAUCAGGAAGGAGAAUUUCACGUUCCCCUACACAAGUGGGUUUGGCAGCUCUACCUUGCUGGAAACAUGCUUGAAGCAGCUGACGAGACAUUGGGUUUGAAUUUCGAUAGGAAGGAAAUGGAAUGCUUGAUGAUGCUGGGACUGUGGUGCGUGCAUCCAAAUCCGAAGAGAAGGCCAAAAUCUGGACGAGUUAUCAGAUUUCUUCAGCGAGAAGUCCCAAUGCCUGAGCUUUCACUUGGCACAUACGAGGCUCCCACUUCAUAUCAGCCAUCAGCACAAAGAAUAGAAUCGUCUUCUAUUGAAGAAUUCAGUUCCUGUUCAGCAAGAUAGAUGCAACACAUUAUGACUUUUCGGAAAAUAAAAUAGAUGUUGUGAGUCUUGUGACGGAAUAUUUAUGAUCAAUCAACCUACUCUUUGCUGUAAAGAUGUAUCAUAUGUAUUGUAUUAGUUGAUUGAUUCACCAAAGAUAAUAGCGACCAGGGAUCGCUCAUGAACUCUUGCAUGAUCACACUAGGAAGUAAGCAAGAAAAUCUUUGGACUGCGUUUGACAUUUCUCAGUUAUGCCACAUGAAGCUACUCCAGUUCUCACAUCUGUCACUACGCUCUUGCCCC